UGCAGGCUACGCUUAAAGCUCAGAAAUAUACAUUUUGAUAGGAUGUUUAAUUUUUAAUUUGUUGAAAUCUCACAUAAUCAGCACUCAUAAGUCUGAGUUCUAGAAAUAAUUGAGUUCUUAUGCUGUAACUUAGUUAGCUUAGAGUUUAUCGUGUAGCCAAUAAUUUCGUUCCUUGAUCUUAUAACGUUAGGUUGUACCAGUUAUUUCGGUCUCCGUGGUUCCAGAUCAGAGUACGAUAGGCUGAUGUAAGAGAAUAAGCUGAUGCAAUAAAGGUAGAUCUAUGCCUAUUACUCAAACCAAAUGAGUUUUGCAUCAGCAACAUUAUGUUGUUUACAAAGCUCCGUAGUAACUUGAGAUUAAUACGUAGCGCGGCUUGCUGACGUGGUAACAGCUACACUGACAUAAGAGAUGCAAACCGAUGCUUAAUGUUUGCUAUUUAAUCUUGCCAGCGGUCGGAGUAGGUUAGCUCGACCAGCUGGUGCUGGUCUGACAUUGCUAGUUUUUUUGUUUUCGUACGAUCUUACUCAUGUUGAGCAGUAACUAGGACAUAGUUAGGCUACCUUACUCACGGUCAAUACCCUUACCCAUAAAUAGUUAUCGAAAGCAAUUUCUUUAUCUUUAUUUAUUUUUUUUUCAAAUGGAUACGCGGGUAUCAGACCUUUUUGGAACAAGUUCCGGAUAUAAGUCAAGUAUACAAGGAGGGAGUUCUUGUAUAAAUAACGGACCUGGAAUGGCUUCCAAAAAGACUUGCAUGAGGAAUGGUAAAAAAACAAAGAAUCGUUCAUCACGACAACUGAAAUCAAGCAAUAAUCCUCCAUACCUACCUCCAGAGGCUGAAGAGGGAAACAUAGAAUACAAGUUGAAGCUGGUGAACCCCACACAGUAUCGCUUUGAGCACCUGGCCACACAGAUGAAAUGGCGUCUGCAGGAAGGCAAAGGAGAGGCUGUGUACCAGAUUGGUGUCGAGGACAACGGGAUGCUAGUGGGGUUAUCAGAGGACGACAUGAAGGCAUCGCUUAAAACACUCCACAGGAUGGCAGAGAAGGUAGGUGCAGACAUCACAGUCCUGCGAGAGAGGGAGGUGGAUUAUGACUCUGACACUCCCAUCCCACGUAAAAUAGCAGAAGUCCUUGUCAGAAAAGUACCAGACGAUCAACAGUUUUUGGACCUGCGGGUAGCAGUGCUUGGAAAUAUUGAUUCAGGCAAGUCAACGCUACUGGGCGUGCUAACUCAAGGGGAGCUGGACAAUGGCCGGGGACGGGCGCGGCUCAACCUCUUUAGACACCUUCAUGAGAUUCAGUCAGGACGAACUUCAAGCAUCAGCUUUGAGAUCCUGGGGUUCAAUAGCAAAGGAGAGGUGGUGAAUUACAGUGAGUCACGGACAGCUGAAGAGAUCUGUGAGAACGCCUCGAAGAUGAUCACCUUCAUUGACCUGGCUGGUCAUCACAAGUACUUGAAGACCACCAUCUUUGGCCUUACCAGCUAUUGUCCAGACUUUGCUAUGCUGGUUGUUAGUGCAAACACUGGCAUUGCUGGGACCACGCGGGAGCACCUGGGCUUGGCCAUGGCCCUCAAGGUGCCCAUCUUCAUCGUGGUGAGCAAGGUGGACCUGUGCACCAAAGGAACCGUGGAGCGCACCGUCCGGCAGCUGGAGCGCGUCCUCAAACAGCCUGGGUGCAACAAGGUGCCCAUGCUGGUGCACAGUUCAGAUGAUGCCGUCACAGCUGCCCAGCAGUUUGCACAGUGCCCUAGCAUAACGCCCAUAUUCACCUUGUCCAGCGUGUCGGGUGAGAACCUGGACCUGCUGAAGGUUUUCUUUAACAUCCUGCCGCCCCUCAGCAACAGCAAAGAACAGGAGGAGCUAAUGCAACAGCUUACUGAGUUUCAGGUGGAUGAGAUCUACACAGUGCCUGACGUGGGGACCGUAGUUGGGGGGACCCUCUACAGUGGUAUCUGUCGGGAGGGUGAGGAGCUGGUGGUAGGUCCAACAGAUGAGGGACAGUUCCAGAAGCUCACCGUAUGCAGCAUUCAAAGAAACCGCUUGGCCUGUAGGGUGCUCCGAGCUGGACAGGCCGCCACGCUGGCUCUGGGUGACUUUGACCGCUCAUUGCUUCGAAAGGGUAUGGUGAUGGUCAGCCCAGAAAUGAAUCCCACUAUCUGCUGGGUGUUCGAAGCAGAGAUCGUACUGCUGUUCCAUGCAAAGACCUUUCACAGGGGCUUUCAGGUGACGGUCCACGUAGGCAAUGUCAGACAGACCGCCACAGUUGAAGCCUUACAAGGGAAGGAUGAGCUGCGCACAGGGGAGAAGGCCGGGGUGCUCUUCAGGUUCAUCAAACACCCAGAAUACCUGAAGGUCGGCGCUAAACUACUUUUCAGAGAGGGAGCCACCAAAGGUAUCGGCCAGGUUACAAGUCUCCAUCCUGUGAUUUAAGACCAAAGCAACUCAGAGCCAGUCCUACCUCAGGUUAUGAUGCUGUGGAACGAGGCAGGUCGGAGACAUGCUCACUCACAUCAGAUCAGAAGAACAGAAUGCUGCAGGCAAAAAAGCCUUGCAAUAGUCUACUGUUCUCUCCUUUGUGUUCAUCCAAAGUUUCUUUUUUCUUGUCUAUUGUUGUCACAUUCUUCCCCCCUCUUCUUUCUUAAAAUACCUCAGCAAUUUCUUGCCACUUAAAUAAUUAUGAAAUUUGCUCUUUUUGAGGUACUUUGUUUUUUAUUGUUUUUUUUUUUGUUUUUUUUUUACUUCUCCUUGGUGCUUACAAAGAAGUACUCUGGUUCACUGCUUUAACAAAACUAUCACCACACGGAGGUUGAGGUAAGGACAGAAAUAGUUGACUUGGUGCACAAGAAUCAUAGUCACCUCUAAAAAGUGUUUGGAGUGAUUACACAUACAGCUGACUCCUAAACACAAUAUGAGACUUGAAAGGAAAUGUAAACAUGUUUUUGAUGACUUGGACAACGCACUAAUGCAGGAGGAGUAAAAACAGAACGUUUUCCAACACCAAAAGCACGACUGAACACAUGUGGGUGUGAACAGCAGUCUACUCCCACGGCAGCUACAGGCCCAGUUUGAGGUCAAGUCUAGAGAGAAGAGACCACCAGGUAGACACGCGUGUCCUGAUAGGUGUUACAUCCAUGUCAAAUCCAUGCACUGCCGGCCCAGAAACACCUGCUGACAAUCUGUUGUUUAAUGAAAUGGGUGUCUGGUCCCCUGUGCCACACUGCUAAAUGGCUCUUUGAAAGACUUUAUGUGACUGUUUCCUUAGGCUUGCAAAUGGAAUGUUGGACUCAGUGAAGGCCAUGGUAAAUGCACAUUUCACAAACACAACUGCUGCUGCACUGCCUUUCGUUCCUCUCUUUCCUCAGUCUGGGCUCAUUGAGAGUUUGUGGUCAUGCCUUUAUUUAGUCGUGAUGCCUUAUGAAUAUCUCCAGUGCAUACCACUUUGUUUGCCUUCACGUAAGUGGUUUUCUUUCUCAGGAUUUUAUAGUUCAUUAGGAAGCCAAUUAUAGGCUUACACAGUUUUAUCAGCAUCUAAUAGUUUCACAACAUAGAACACAAUAUCUUCCUAAAUGCACUGCUUUUAAAUUGUUACUGAAUAUUGUAUCCAAACCAGCCAUUCAGCAGUUGUCAAGCAUCACACUGUGCUGUUUCUGUUCUGUGUUUUGCAUUUAGGCAUUUUCAAGUUUUAUUUUGACUGGUGUUUUAUCAAUGAUAUGAUCAUGGGGUUUAUUGCAGUGCCUAAGUAAGACAUGUAGGUCAUGUGUGUUUUAUUUCUUUCACAUCUCAAUGUUUUACACCUCAAAGCUGGCGAUGCACGUUGAGGUGAUGUUUUAAAACCAGGCUGAUUUAUUGGAGGAAUGUGGAGCUCUCUAGUCACUAGGUUUGUCUGAAGGGUGUCAGCAAUGGUUUUCAGGUCCCGUACAUCAGACUCUGUUUGUCAUCUUCACUCUGUAGUCAAUCUUGUGUUGUUUGUUGUAGUUCCAGGCCAGUGGAGGAGAGGAUGCAUGUGUGUGUAUGUGACCGUGUGUUUGAACCAAAACUUUGAAGACAUUUGGAAAAAUCUUUACAAGCCUUUACAACAUAUUUGUACACUUUUGUAGUCAUUUUGGAUUGUCAUGGUCUCUUGACCAGUGUGUCACUUUCUAUAGUUUGAAGGGGUUUUUUUCUUCUCUUUUUAAACAGUGUAACUUUUUAAUCAGUUAAUACACAUUUAAGUAAACUCCUGUAUGUAUAUUAUGGUAUUCAUUAAAAAAAAUGAGAAUGUGUGUGCAUAAUUUA